GGGGCUGCGUGUGCGUCGGGCAUCGAGGAGAACUGCCAGGGUCCUUUCCCGAGUAGCGUUUUCCUUUGGGGCUACCCUUUACCUGUCUCCCGGUUUGUUUUUGCAGACCUGGACGAGGGGAAUGUCUUACUGCCUCCACUCAGAACGCCAUUUGGAUACUGGGCCAAUAUACGUGCGUGAAAAUGGGAAGCUGCACGUGGUAAAUCAGGGUACAGGCAACAUACGGAAUGACAUCCCCAAACCAAGAUCUUUUAGGCUGUUUUCCAAAGGAUUCUCUGUGGAGCUUUGUAUGAACAGGGAUGACGAUAGGGCAAGGAGGCAGAGGACUGAUCAUUUCAUCUUCACGUACACUAAGGAGGGGAACCUCCGAUACUCUGCCAAGUCUCUCUUCAGCCUAGUGCUGGGUUACAUUUCUGACAACGUUGAUCACAUUGACUCGUUGAUUGGUUUCCCAGAGCAGAUUGCUGAAAAACUCUUUUCAGCUGCAGAAGCAAGACAGAAGUUCACAGAACCAGUUACAGGACUGAGAGCGCUACAAAAGUUUACCGAAGCGUAUGGCAGUCUGGUGCUGUGUUCGUUAUGUUUGCGGAAUAGAUAUCUGGUCCUCUCUGAAAAGCUAGAAGAAAUUAAGUCUUUCCGGGAGCUGACUUCUUUGGAUCUCUCCUGUUGUAAACUUGGAGAUGAGCAUGAACUGCUAGAACAUCUCACUAAAGAGGCUCUGUCUAGUGUAAAAAGGCUCCUCCUGAAAGACAACUCUUUAUCAGAUGCAGGCCUUCGGAGAAUGACAGCACCAGUACGAGUAUUGAAAAAGGGACUCGAGAAUCUUUUGGUAUUAGAUUUGUCUUGUAAUCCUAAAAUCACGGAUGUGGGGAUUGGAUACCUUCUUUCUUUCAAGAAAUUGAAUUGUUUGGAUAUUUCUGGAACAGGUCUCAAGGAUGUUAAUGCAGUCAUUAAGCGGAUCCAGAUGCAGAUAGGCCUCAUUCAUUCAAAAGUGCCUCUGAAAGAAUUUGAUCAUAGUAACUGCAAAACAGAGGGAUGGGCAGAGCAGACAGUUCUGCAGUGGGAGCAGGCAGUUAUGGAGGCCAUCAAACCACAAGAAAAUUUGAGAUCCAGAACAGCAGCUCUGCGCUUCUAUGGCAAGACACACAGAAUAGAGGAAGUAGUCAAAUGCAAGUUGGUGGAGGCAGAAACAAAAGCUUCUGGAAACUUGCAGUUUUAUAAGGAAAAAAUUCCAAAUUGCCAUUUACCUUUGAAAAAGGAGGUUGCAGGCAGCCAGGAAUUAAAGAACAGUAAAAAAAGAGGUUUGGCUGAACAAGAGAGAGAAAGGACUUCCAAACAGAAGCAUCUGUGCCUCACUGUGGAGGACUGGGAUUUGUUAAAUACCUACUGACUCAGAAAGAAGUGGGUCUGUCUUUGUUUUCUUGCUGAUGACAGAAUUUAGACAUAUUGAGAGGGAGUAACAUAAAGGAGACCAGCAUUGUUAAAUCUGGUUGCUGUUCUAUACUAGCGAGUGAGUUGCUUAUGCUUGGGGAGGGGAGGGCUAAAGUCAAGGAGAAGGAUAAUGAUACUACUGUAUAUUUUCAAUACAUAAUAAUUUUUCAAAUAAAGUUUUUGUUGUCAUCCUUAA